AUGGCUAGGCUAGUUCAUGAGUAUCACAGCACGACUGGGGAGUUCAUUCAAGAACUCCGAAGUCGUUACAUAAACGGCGAGGCGCGCGGUUGCUUGCCGGAUUACUUGGGAGAGGAAAACCUCCAAUUAGAUGCAGACUUUACGGUGGCGAAGGUGGAGUUUGCAAUAGGGCAGCUUCGUACUACGUCGGCAGCGGGUGCGGACGGGGUUACUAAUAAAAUGCUGAGGAACCUGGAUUUCAAGUCAGUGGAGGCGCUGACGGACUUGAUGAACAAAUAUUGGGUGGCCAGGGAGAUCCUGGCAGAGUGGAAACAUGCUAGGAUUACAUUUAUUCCUAAACCAAGGAAGAUCUGUAUUGAGAAUCAUCGACCCAUCUCGCUGACGUCCUGCUUGGCCAAAUUGAUGGAGCAUGUGGUCCUUAACAGGCUUCAGGGUUAUGUGGAGGACAAGGAGUUGAUACCUUAA